GGCACCAAAUCCUUCCGAGGUCGCGGAGCCAAAACGGCGCUUUCGGUUCCAGGCCCCUCCCUCCUGUCUGGCCCCACCCCGAACCGCGGGCAGCACCGUCACCGCCGCCUUCCCUCCGUUUCCCUCCCUUUCCGGGCCUCCGCAGCGACUCCUACCCGGGCCUCCCGCCUGGCUCCGCCUCCUCCUUCCCCGGCCGGGUUGCGCUGCGCCAGGUGGGGGCGCUCGCGGGCGCGGCAGUGAGUGCCGCUGGCGCCGCCAUCGCAGCGGGACGGUUUCCGUCCGCUCGGCUCCCCAACAUGGCAGCGGCAGCGGGAGGCGGCCGCUCACCGCGCAGGCCGGCGCUGCUGACCCCUCGCGGCAACGGGGACCGCACCGUGUUCCUCUUCGACCGGCGCCGGGAGCAGGCGGACCCGGACGAGAAAGUGCUCAGCUACGGCAAGGACAACUACCGCGCCUUCCGCAGCGCCGUGUGCCAGGCAUUUGGCAUAGCUACUGAUGAAAAGUUUGUUAUCACCACAACAAAUAGGAAGGAAAUUACAGAAGACAACUUCAGCGAACUUGUUCAAGAUGGAGUCACUUUAUAUCUGCUGCAGUCAGUUGAUCAAAUGUUGCUUUUGGCAACCAAGGAACGAAUUGACUUCCUGCCCCAUUAUGAUACACUUGUCAAAAGUGGCAUGUACGAGUACUAUGCCAGCGAAGGGCAAAAUCCUCUGCCAUUUGCCCUUGCUGAGUUGAUUGAUAAUUCUCUGUCAGCUACAUCCCGAAAUACCGGUAUUCGGAGCAUACAGAUAAAAUUGUUAUUUGAUGAUUCCCAAGGAAAACCGGCUGUUGCUGUGAUCGAUAAUGGAAGUGGAAUGACUUCUAAACAGCUUAACAACUGGGCUGUAUAUAGAUUGUCAAAGUUUACAAGACAAGGUGACUUUGAAAGUGAUCAUUCAGGAUAUGUACGCCCUUUGCCAGUGCCUCGUAGUUUAAACAGUGAUAUCUCUUAUUUUGGAGUUGGAGGCAAACAAGCAGUGUUCUUCGUUGGACAGUCUGCCAGAAUGAUAAGCAAACCUGCAGAAUCUCAGGAUGUUCAUGAACUUGUCCUUUCUAAAGAGGAUUUUGAAAAGAAGGAGAAACACAAAGAAGCAAUAUAUACUGGUUUCAUUCGAAACAGAAAGCCAUCUGACUCUACUCACAUCACAAGUGAUGAUGAAAGAUUUCUUCAUAAUCUAAUAUUAGAAGAAAGGGAUAAAGAGAGUUUUACAGCAGUUGUCAUUACAGGUGUACAACCAGAUCACAUGCAGUACUUGAAAAACUACUUUCACCUUUGGACGAGGCAGCUGGCACAUAUCUAUCACUACUAUAUUCAUGGACCAAAAGGAAAUGAAACUAAUGCUGUAACAAAAGACAUAAGCCCUUUCAACAACAUCGACAUUCAGAUUUCAAUGUUCGAAAAAGGAAAAGUACCAAAGAUUGUCAAUCUGAGGGAGAUCAAAGAUGACAUGCAGACAUUGUACAUAAAUACCGCAGCAGAUAGUUUUGAGUUUAAGGCACAUGUUGAAGAAGAAGGUAUAGUGGAAGGAAUCAUCCGAUAUCAUCCUUUCCUGUACGAUAAAGAAACAUACCCCGAUGAUCCAUGCUAUCCGUCAAGAUUAAACGAUGAUGAUGAUGAUGACUGCUUUAUAGUAGAAAAAGGUGCCAGAGGAAAAAGACCUAUUUUUGAAUGUUUUUGGAAUGGUAGAUUAAUACCAUACACAACUGUGGAAGAUUUUGACUGGUGUGCUCCUCCAAAGAAGAGAGGAUUGGCACCAGUCGAAUGCUACUACAGAAUUUCUGGUGCAUUGUUUACCAAUGAUAAGUUCCAGGUCAGCACAAACAAACUCACUUUCAUGGAUCUGGAGCUGAAGCUAAAAGAUAAAAAUACUCUGUUCACGAGAGUCUUCAAUGGACAGGAGCAGCGAAUGAAAAUUGACAGAGAAUUUGCUUUGUGGCUCAAAGACUGUCAUGAAAAAUAUGACAAACAGAUAAAAUUCACAGUUUUUAAAGGAAUAACUGUACGUACUGAUAUACCAUCCAAAAGAUUGCAGAGCCCUUGGACAAUGUAUGCUGCAAUAGAGUGGGAUGGAAAAAUAUACAAAACCGGACAGCUGGUGAAAAGUAUUAAGACUCAUCCAAUAUUCUAUGGAAGUAUCGAGAAAUUUUUUUUGUAUGGAGACCAUGAUGGAGAUAUAUUUGCCACUGGAGGAGAGGUUCAAAUUGCUUUGGAACCACAGGCGUUAUAUGGUGAAAUGAGAAUUAUUCCAAUCUCAAAACUUGACAGAACAGUGUCUGAGAAAGUCGUUAAAAAAUACAUAGAGGAUGAAAUGGCAAGACUUCCUGACAGAUUAUCGGUAACAUGGCCUGAAGGAGAUGAGUUAUUACCAAAUGAAACAAGAUUUGCUGGUACACCAAUAGGAGCGUUAAGAAUAGAAAUUUUGAAUAAAAAAGGAGAACCAAUGCAAAAACUUCCAGGUACAAGCCAUGGAGGUUCAAAGAAACUUCUCGUUGAACUCAAGGUUAUUUUACAUUCACCUACUGAGAAUAAAGAAAUAAUUUCCCAUAUCAGUCAGCAUGGAGGCAAAUGGCCAUACUGGUUUAAGAAAAUGGAAAAUCUUCAGAAACUUGGGAACUACUCCUUGAAACUGCAAGUAGUAUUGAAUGAAAGUAAUGCAGACACUUAUGCAGGGAGGCCUCUACCAUCUAAAGUAUUUAAAUUUACUAUUAUAGAGGGCAAACCAGAGAAAUUUUCGGUUGGUCUUUUGGAGCUUCCUUUUCGAAUUGGAGUACCUUUUAGUAUUCCUUUGGAAUUGCAGGAUGAAUUUGGUCAUGCAACACACUUGUCAUCUCGCAUGAGACCAAUUCUUGAAGCUAGUGGAUUAACAUUGAAGCAUGACGACAUACCUGUGGGAACAAAGUGUGUCAUUAAGAGUGUCACUGCUAAAGGCUGUGUCAAUAGUUGCCAGGGCAAGAACUUUAAUCUGAAGAUUACUCUUCCUGGUUUGAAAGAAGACACACAAAUCAUUAAAAUAAGAUUGCAGCCUGGCCCUCCUCAUCAAUUGAAAGUAAAACCAGACUCAGAAAUUCUGAAGAUUGAAAAUGGUACAGCUUUUCCCUUUCAGGUUGAAGUACUGGAUGAAUCAGGAAAUAUAACAGCACAGCCAGAGUUGAUUGUUCAUUGUAAGUUUUUAGGUGCUUCAGACCUUCCUGUGUAUUCUGUGGACUGCAGUAAUGGAGGAACAAACAUUUUAACUGGUCCAGUUAUACAUGUACAGAAUAUCAAGAAAGACCAGAUGCUGAAAGCAAGAAUUGAAAUACUUAAUUGUAAAGAUGUGCCACCAGUGGAAAAGAUUAUUAAACUUCUUCCUAGCAGUCAUGUUGCAAGACUACAAGUCUUAAGUAUGAACGGACAAAAAGCUCUUCAAAUUAAACAUCAGGAUGAAAUUAGUUGCGUUGCUGGCCGUAUCAUGAACAAGCUUAUAUUUCAGAUGUAUGAUGAGGCAGAAAGGGAGAUACCCAUAACUGCAGCUGCUGCAGAAAAAAUCAAGGUUAACUGGACACCUAAAAUUGACAGAGAACUGUUGAUGCAGGGAUUAUUACCUGAUGUAAAAGUACCGAGCUCAGUAAAAGAUGUACGUUACUGCCUAAUUACUUAUCUUGAUGAACACGUGUCUUUGGAGAGCGCAUUCACAGUCAGACCAGUUCCUGAUGAUCCCAAACACAUUAAAUGUAAACUAAAAGGUUCAAACACACUGCGGAUGGGUGAAGAACUACAAAGUGAAAUUGAUGUAAUGAUUACAGAUCAGUUUGGAAAUCAGGUUCAUGCAGUGACAUCUGCAUGUGUAAAUUCCCUAGGAGUUUCUGGGCCUGGACUUGAUAAAUCAAAUUUGAAAAUAACUUGGCAGGACAGUACUCAAACAAUGAAAGUAAAAGGUAUUCGGUACAAACCCUGUUUACUUGGAAGCAAAGAAUUGUGCUUUGCUUGGCGUGAAUUUUCUGACUUUAUCAGGGUGAAUUUAGUAGCAGGAUUGCCUGCUAAAUUGCAGUUUGUGGAUUGGCCAGAAUUAGAAAAGCCUAUUGCAGUGAUUAAUGGUAGAGAAUUGGACAGGCCCCUUAUUGUUCAGUUGUGUGAUCAGUGGGGAAAUCCAUCUCCUGAACCUAAUGUCAAAAUCAGCCUUACAAAGAGUAACAGCUUAAAGAUUGUUCCUUCAAACCAGCAACAUAAAACAGAUGACACUGGUAGGGCUAACCUCGGAGUUUUUAGUAUUCAUGGACCUAGGGGAGAGCACAUUUUACAGCUUAGAGCCUUAUACAACAAGACAACAUUAGAUUGUCCUAUAAUCACAGUAAAUGUCCUGCCUGAUCCUGAGAAACCCGUUUGCUUGAAUGUUAAAUAUGACAGAAGUCCUUCUUUUCCAGCAGGAGGUACCUUUCCUGAUUUUAUGGUUAGUGUUCUUUCUGAAGAUGACACCAUUAUUAAAAAUAUUAAUCCAGCACGGAUUUGUAUGAAAAUGUGGGAAGCACAGAGCAGCCGGAUUAGGUCGCCAAUUGAUGUUACAACAUUUAGCUGUAGUAAAGUGAAGGAUGAAAAGGAAGAUGGCUUCUUCUACUUCAGGGAUAAAGUGGUUCCAGAGCGAGUGGGCACUUACAUUAUCCAGUUUACCUUUGCAAUGGAUAAGACAAAUAUGCUCAACAGUGAACAGAUUAUAGUUGAAGUUGUACCUAAUGACCCUGUGCGCUUGCUUCCUGAUUCUUUACCAGCUACUCCAGCAGUUUCCAAUGUUCGAGCUCUUACGAGCCGUACACUGGUCAAGGAUUUAUACCUUCAUAUAAUGGAUGAAUAUAACAACCACACUGGACUUGAACUAGUUGGCAGAGUAAUAGCAAAAAUUAAAAGCCCUAAUGAAGAAGAUAUAGAGAUCCCACAGUUUCAGGGGAAAGUCAGUACAGUGGAGUUUCCAUUUGAGCAUGGAUCAGCUGAAAUUAAUCUAGUGCUGGCUGAAGACAGUCCUGGAAGAGAUAGCACUGAAUAUAUUCUUGUCUUUGAGCCACAUCUGCCAGCUCUGAAAAAACCUUUGGAACCAUAUCAUCUCUCAUUUAUGUUUUACAAUGAUUCCAAGAAGCAGCAGCUGAUGGCAACACUUACAAGGGAGAAAGACCAAUUAUCUAAGUCCAUAGAUCUUUACAGAAAGAUGUUUGAUACUACUAACCAGCUUGUAGCUGAAAUGAAAUGUCAGGUUAAAGAAGCUGAAACUAGAGAAACUUUCUUGAAGAACGAACUGAAAAAGCACCAAAUUGAAUUACCACAGACAAACAUAAUUCAGUAUGUGGAUUCACUUCUAAAAAAAAAAAAGAUGGAUCAAGAAGGAGUAAUGAAGCAGCCAAGGAGAACUUGUACCCUCCCAAACUAUCCAAAAGGCAACCCAGAUAUUCUAGGCAAGAUUGCACAUUUAGCUCAAAUCGAGGAUAACGAAGCAGCAAAAGUUAUCUCUUGGCAUUUGGCGAGUGACAUGGACUGUGUGGUCACACUGACGACUGAAGCUGCUCGUUCUAUUUUUGAUGAAACUCAAGGUCGACAACAAGUGUUACCCCUUGAUUCUAUUUACAAGAAGACACUCCCAGACUGGAACAGACCUUUACCUCACCUAAGAAAUGGAAAAACCUUCUUCAAACCUAUUGGAAAUCCUGUAUUUGCCAGAGAUCUGUUAACAUUUCCAGAUAACGUAGAACAUUGUCAAACAGUGUUUGGUAUGCUCUUGGGUGACACUAUCAUUAUAGAUAACUUGGAUGCUGCCAACCAUUACAGAAAAGAGGUUGUAAAAAUUACACAUUGCCCUACCUUGCUGACGAGGGAGGGUGACAGGAUUCGCAGCAAUGGAAAAUUUGGAGGCCUGCAGAAUAAAGCUCCUCCAAUGGACAAACUCAGAGGAAUGGUAUUUGGAGCACCAAUGCCAAAACUUUAUUCUACUUUCUCUGGACAGAUAGAUCUUCUUCAGCAAUACCGUGCAGCAGUGGUUAAACUCGAUAAUGUGAAUAAGGACCUUGAUUUACAUUUGCAGUCUCUGAACACGCCAGAAAUGCAAAAGAAAAAACAGGAACUUGCUGAACAAGAGAAAAGCCUCAAGCUAGUAAAACAGAAAUUGGGUAUGACUCCUGCUUUAUCAGAUAAAGGCGCUGAGUCAUUACUUCAGCCUAUAAUGUUAGAUAUGUCUGACACUCCUAUACCUCCCAAAAGAAUGCGAAGAGAAACAGUGAAAAAAUUGUAUAGCUCAGAAGAAUGGUUCUCCUGUCCCACAAAGCAGCAGCAGCAGCAGCAACAGCAAGUGCUGCAAAUGGCCCCUUCAGAACUUAAUGGAACUACACGAAAAAGAAAGGCAUAGACUGAUAUGACCUGCUUGGAAAAACUAUAUAUUGAAAAUGUGAAUACAUUCAGUUAAAGGAAAUUCUUAUGUUGUAUUACCCAUUACUAUGAAGAUUUUUAUACCAAUAGAAGAUACAAAUUAGUUAGUGGUAACAAAAGUUUAAGUAUUUAACAUUGAUAGCCCAAUUUUUGUAUAGUUAAUUUUAAUUUCUGAAGGCUUUCAGAGUUUUUACGUUCAUGUGUGAAAAAAGUUUAAAAUAUAUUCUUUUUUAUUUAUGAAAAAAUAAAGGAUCUUUUCAGUAAAACUGCUUCAGUGCAAAGCACUGCCAAUACAAUCACUUGUAUUGAAUAGAUUGUCAUGAAAUGAGAUUUUAAUUUAAAAAAACAUCCCAGGCUGUCUGGGAGAAGAGAACUUUCUAUAGUAGUCUUUUCUGAUGGAUGAGCUGUUGAGGUAGUAUCAAUUCAAAAGGGAGGGUUUAAGCAGCAAUAUACUGAGAUCUAACUGCAGACGUUCAUAAAGUCUUCACACGGUUAGCAAGAAGCCCCUAUCAAAGGCUAUAUCCAAGGUGUUGGCAUGGGAAUUAAUUUCUCCUUCAGACAGUGCCAAUGGAAAAACAAAGUAACUUGUGAGUAUGAAAAGUGCAGUGGGUUUACUGUGUGUACUAGGUGGCUGUUUUAUGGAUUGGUGAGUAAAGGGUGAGUAGGGAUACUUCACAGUUGUGGAUGAGAUAUAAAAUCGUACCAAAGCUAACCAUCUUUUCACAUCUGUAUUACCACAACCAUCGUAAAGGGACCUCACUGCAUAAGCAGAUAAAAGAUUACUCCUUGACACGAAAAGAAUAACUAUGACAGAAGGAUUUGAGUAGGAAACAGUAACGUCACAAAGGAAAAAGAAAAAUCCUUACAGCUGAAGUGUGUGUGUGAAUUUUAAGAGGUGGAAAUGGAGACUUCAGCUGGAUGUAAAAUAAUCAUGUUGGGAAACUGUAGAUACCCACGCAGAAUUUUACUUUACAAGGCUGUCCCCAACUUCAAAAAACAAACAAAAAACCAAAACCAAAAAAACAAACAAACAAAAACAAAUAAACCACCAAAAGAAAAGAAAAAUAUGAUCCUGCUGGUUUUCAUAAAUACCUAGAAAAUUAAAUUGUCCAUGGUUUGAGAAAUGGAGUCUUAAAAUGCGAGAGAAAAUAGCCAACAGGUAGACGAGACCAAAAAAAAGAGCCAAAGGUCACCUCUAGUGAUCUGCAUCAUAAGGAUUUUAGUGAUGAACAGGGCAGAAAAGGACCAGGCAUAAAUAAAGAUACAGUUUCAGCCAGGGUCAGAGCGAGCAGCUGGAAACAUUUGAUUGAAUGAAAAUGAUAGGGCAAGAGUAGAAAGCUAAGCUUGAGAAAGUAUUAGUUGAAGCCAUGUAAAUUAAGAAAUAGACGGUGGUCAAGGGUGUGGGUGUGUUGUUCACAUCUGCCUCAAAGAAUUCCUGCCUUGGAGUGAAAGUUGGCACCAAAUCUACUGAUUUAUACUCUCAGCAGCAUGUAUUUUAUAUACAGCUUUUCUGAAAAGGGACUUUAAACUUAAAAAAAUAUGAUGGCAUCCUGCUAGAAGUUUCAGAAUGCUGAUCACUGUUGCACAUCUCUGUGACAUUUCUAAUUAAAUGAAAUGUCUCCAAAUUAAGGAGAAAUUAAACAGGGCAGUUUGUGGUGGAAUGUUCUCCAAAGCUUCAUGUCAUAAAGUAGGCUAAACAUCAAAUUGUCCUGUUCUUAAAGAAAAUAACUAUAUUCAAGUAUAACAUGUAACACCAGCAAGAAACUAUGCUAGCCCUUCCUCAGCCCUUUUUCCUGUUUUUCAGCUCUAAAUUUAGACAUACAGGCUUAAACUAGGUAGCCAUAGUGGAGGAUUUGCCACAUGAGAAGUGGUGCCACCACACCAAGUUACUUGGUAGCACUUCUUUCAAAUGCAUGUAUUUUAAUUCUGACAUCUGCCAAGUCUCAGCCUCCAACCUCUGGAUAACCUUGUUGAUUUAAUCUUGUUGGAUUAAAUACAUAUUCUGGCAGAAA